UAUUUAAGCUGGAAUGAUAUAGCCACUUCAUUAUUUAAUUCCUAUUCAAUUACAUAACUUUCAGUUCAAAAGAACCGCCGCAGUGAUCAAGAGGUUAGAGCAUUUACACCACAUGCAGAAGGCUUGGGUUCAAAUCCCAGCUGCGACAGACCUAAGUUGUUAAAACAGGUAGUGACAGUUCUAUAGUUAAACACUUGGCAUCAGGUGUGAAUGUCACUGGUCCUAGGAGAUUACCUUAAAGACCCAACUUUAAGUUAACGCCCCCAAAUUUUACCUGUGUUGUGAUCAAUGAUAAGCCACUGGUCAAUCAAACUUUUAACAAUAGAGCUUAGGUUGAUUGACAUUUGCAGAGACCAUGGUCUACAGCUACCUGAGAAAGAUGUUUUGAUAACAAUCAUGGCUAAUGAUGACCUGCAGUCUUCAGAUCUGAAGGAAAGCCCCAGUAUACCUGAGUUUUGAUAGCAUUGACUAGCACCUAGAAUAUUUUAAUUUCUAACGUCCCCUACACAAUGCAAUUUAUCAUCGUAUUUUCUCUCUCCAUCUUUGUACAUGUAUUAUAGAUUAAACAAUCAGAAAUCAAACAAUAAUAAUAAAAAACAAACCAAACAAACACAAGUUAUUCUUUAUUGGCGCAGCACAUCAACAUGUAUAAUGGUUAUAUUGCCCAUGCGUAAAACUGUUACAGUAGUUAAAAAAAAUGCUUAUGUUUGAGAUACCACAUGGAUUAUAAAUUACACAAUCAGAAAUUAAACAAUAGUAAAAAAGCAUAAAUAAGUUAUUGAGAUAUUUCUAUUUAUAAUUUAUCACGGCUUUAUAUUUAGAGAGAGAGAGUUACUGAGAUAUUUCUAUUUAUAAUUUAUCACGGCUUUAUAUUUAUAAAGAGAGAGAGAGAGAGAGUUAAUGAGAUACUUCUAUUUAUAAUUUAACCCGGCUUUAUAUUUAUAAAGAUAAAGAGAGAGAGAGAGAGAGAGAGUUAUUGAGCUAUUUAUAAUUUAUCACGGUUUUACAUUUAUAAAGAGAGAGAGAUGUGUAAAACUAGCAAUAAUAUAGAUGAAAUAAUAUGGCAUGGCAAUAGUGUUGCAUACGUAUGACAAUAAUUACUCAUUUAGUCAAUGAUUGAGAGUAAGGGAGAGAGAGAAAGGGGGGGAUAGACUAGCUAUGUGUCACCUUCUGUUUGGGAUACCAUCAUUACACAAACACUACGUCCACAGAAACCCUAAAGAAAGAGAGAAGGGGAGGGGGGUAGACUUCGUGUCAGCUUCUGUUUGGGAUACCACCAUUACUCAAACACUACAGCUACAGAAACCCUACAGACGGCCCAUAUUGAGGGGUAUCUUGAUCAUUCUUCAUUUGAUUGUACAUGUACACAGAUCUACUUGGAUUUAUUUAUUCUCUCGAAACAUGGAUAUUUUACCUACUACACCCACGACACCGCGAACUCCCAGGACACCAGGAAGUGCCCGGAAACGCUGGGAGGAAUUUGAAAGACUAACAGAAGAAGUACAGCUGCUCAGGACAGAAAAUGAAGUUUUACAACAGCAGGUUCAAAGAAGUACAAAACAGUUAGGACCUCGAGAUGAGCUGAAGCAUUCAGAUGCCAGUGGAGUACUUGUUUUGAACAAGAAACUACAGGAUGCACAGAAAUUGUACGACAAAGUCAAGUCUGAACUCAGUCGGGUCAAACAGGAAAACAACUCACUGAAAGACGAAAAUAUAAACCUAAACAGAGAGAAUCAAAAACUACGACAAGAAAUAGGAAACCGAUCACCACACAGGUAUGGCAGAUACACUGUUGCAACACUUGAAGCCAAGAUCCAAACUUAUGAGAAAGAAGUCAAUCAGCUGAACAAAGCUCUGGAGAAAAGUGACAAACUGAUUGAGGAACUGAAUGAAGAGCUGGACAGCUACAGGAGUAAACGGAAGUCUGACUACUCCUCCCAGUCCCGGAUUUCCUUACUGUCUAGCAAACACAGUCUUGAUGAUCCGUCCUUGAGGACUUCAUCGUUAUCCAUUAAACGUUCCAUUGACGACCCACUGUCCUCACAGCAUGGUGUGGAUAUCAAUCUUCCCUCCAAGCGACAACUGUUCUCAGAUGAAGGAGAGUAUAAAUCUAGUCAGAGAGAUUACCUAAAUGGUGAGUUUUAUAGCACCUCUGAUGUGCAUGAUUAUAAAACAAAUGACAAAAAUGGUGCUGGAAAAAAUGCUAAAAGAGUUACCUUUGAUCUGCCAAGAAAUGAAACUGUGUCUUUCGAUUUGGAAAUGCCGAGUCCCUUAAAAGGAAAUCGGAACAGUUCAAAUGGGAGAUCGCCCUCUCCUAUUAAAGGUGUACUAAAGAAUGGCAAGAAGACCACCUUGUCCAAUGGGGAUGACAGCUUUAGUCUUUCAAAACCAGGUUCUCUUGAUGACAGUUACCUUGAAAGCAGAAAAGUAAAAUCUACAAGACUAGAAGAUGAAGAUGACUUUUACUUGUCCAAGUAUUCCCAAGAUUCCAAAGGAACCAAGGACGACAACCACAACUACAAGUAUUCAUCUGGAAAGUAUGAAACAGACUCCUUUAAGAGGAAUGAAAGUUUUGACCUGGACUAUCCAGUUAAAUACAGAAAGAGUGAUAGUUAUGAUCAAGUACUGGAUGAUACUGAAGCCAUUCAAUCCGAGUUGGAUGAUUUGGAUAUUUCCAUCACUCCAGAUUUUACUGAUUGUAUGAAACUGUUGAACAGGGCUGAAAAAAAAGUCAGUUUGGGAACCCAACCAACAACUUACUCAAGUUCCAGAAAAGACAAUUACAAAGUGGAUGAUGAAUAUUUGGAUGAUUUCAGAGUGAAAGACACAUACAAGUCAGAUCCACUUUUCUCCGACACAAAAUCAACUGAUCAGGUCAGGUCACUUCCUGACAGUAAAUACACCUCAUCAAAGUUUUACUCUUCAUCUGAUGAUUACAUUCCAAGAACCAGUGCUUCACGGUCAGACAUUCCGUCCACAAGAUAUUCAAGCAGUUCCUCUGCCUACAGUGACAUUCCAACAUCAUCUUUAGAACCAUCCACUUCUGGUGGGUACUCUACAAUCACGAAUUCCAACAUCUCCACCUACAAACCCAGUGCUAUAGAUUCAUUGAAAACUUCAGACUGGGACAAAGUUGGUGGAUACCAGUCCACAGUCAACGACAGAUAUACAGUUUCAGGAGAAAAUGACAAAUUUGGAGCAGACCAGUACUCCUCAUCAAAAGACGUUUUAUCCCAAAAUGAUCGUUUUGGCGUUCAGAAUGACUUAUCAAGCCGUUAUAGCUCUGCUUCUUAUCCGUCCACUUACAAUUCCAUCACACAAACUUCAAGCAGACUGAAAAGUUCUGAUGACAUCUCUACUUCAACCAUGCCAACUUCCCUACGUCCAUUGUCACAAAGUGCUUUUAGUCGUAGCCCAUCUGUUGACAAUCUUUUUAUGCCGUCCAAGUCCUCAACACAGUCUGGUAAAUUUGCCACAGCAGAAGAUAUUCCAAACAGCAGCUACAAAUCAAGGCUUAGUUUGCCAGCCUUUUCCUCCAAUAUGGAUGCUGUUGGUAAAUACAGACCAGGAGAUAGACAAGGUAUGUCUAGUGUGCCUUCUUCUGAUGCAGCUGGAUCCAGUCGAUAUCUACCCUCUUCUCUGCCACCAAAACCAGUAAGAACCAGGUCACAGUCAGAUUUGGGAACAUCUGUUGCUGCUCUUAAUUCUGCUCCCUACCAGCAAGCUAAGGGUAAUGCACCAUCUGCAACUGCCAGUCUAGAGUCCUUCACAUCUGAGAGCACAGUGAUUUCACAGAGACCACCAUCCUAUCCUCAUCCCUCAUCAUCUUCUUAUCCAUCAGAAAUGGGACUAUCAUCUUCCACUGCUAACCCCCCUCCUUUCCUGGAACAUAAUAAGUACACCAGCUCAUUUGUUCCCAGACAAGAUGCACUGGAUGCUGUUUCUACUAAUAAAUUUACUAACUCCACAAGUGUUGUUGGUACAAGGGGUCCAGUCAAGGCUAGUUUUUCUUACACUGAUUUUGACAUAGGAGUAAAUCCCAGAAACAAGUCAAACAUAACUGAUCUUCCAUUGUCAAACAGACUUCAUACCAGGUCAAACAGUGUAGAUUUUCCUUUAAAUGAUAAAGAUUCUGACACAUUCACAGCCAAUCAGAGGUUUUCUUCAAUGGGUGAUCAGUAUUCUGCCGGUGCUUCUUAUAAUGUUGAUAGCAGACCUGUGCAUGCCUAUGAUAACGACCUGGGUCGCUAUGACUCAACUGUCGCCACCAAUUAUGUAUCUAGCAGCUUACCUAAUUCUGUAUCAUUGACAGGUGGUUCAACCUUGGAUGACCGGGGCAAGGGAAGGUACAAUUCCUCCUCUUACAUGACAUCAUCACAGACCUCUGUCACCUCGAGCAUUACAUUCUCAUCAUCACACUCAUCUACCACAUCAUCUACUACCAUUCUGCCCCCAACAUCUUCCUACCCCUCCUACCAGGUGUCCAAGUCCCUGGAUCCAGUACGAGAGUCCAGUGCCAAAGGCAACAGCUACCUCUCCAAUACGUCCACAGUAGGCGACAUCUCACGGUCAGACUCCUUCCUGCCUGAACCGAAAAAGAGGCUUUUUGAUUCCACAGAUGACCUGGAUAUGUCACUUAGCCCUAUAAAAACCACAAGAACAACUGAUAAGUACUGAACGUGAUAUAUGUGGUGUAAGAUUCCAGUCAUUGUAAUGUAUGGUGCUUAACUUCAAUUAUUUUUAUGUGAAUGUUCUGUUUUCUUUCAAAAAAAUUCAUAGCUCUUCAUGAUAAUGAUCUGAUGAAUGAAGUGUAUUUUAUAGAUGACUUUUACUAAUUUCAUUUUUUCCUGGAUUGCAACUGUGCUGCCAUUUGUCUGAAAGUGUUUGAUAAUUCCAAUAUUACAAACACCUGCAUUUCUCUCAGACAGUGAGUCAUUGAUGUUUUACAUGACGAUAUAAUUCAAAAUAAUUAAUCUAUCCUUUUGAAUAGGAUGUAUUAGGUAUAAAAAUAUUAUUUAGACUGAUGGAGUUCAUCUAAAAUAUGAAACAAGAAUACACCAUCUCCCAUACAAUAGAUGAAUUGUACAUUUCAUUAGAUAGAUAUUUAUUGUGCCUUGAAGACAUCAUUAGUUUAAUUUAGAUGAAAUUGUCUUUCUCUGUCAUUUUCAACUCCGCUCUUUAAAACAUCCAAUAUUAUACCUUGCUCUGAUAAAGACAUGUACUGUAUUCAAGAGAUAACACAUGCCUAGUUUUCCAUAAUCUGAAUGGAAUAUAAAGUGAUUUAACCACAUUUGUUACAGUGAAUUGUGUAUCCAGACAAAUAUUUAUACAUUUUUGUGCAAGGUGCACACACAGCUGGAUAAUUAACAUUUCCUAACCAUGUCAAACUUAAUUCAUUCCGCUUUUUGUUCAUUUCAUUUGUGCUGACAUAGUAAAUUGUGGUUUUGUAAAUUAUGGUAAAUUUAUGAUCACCUUUGGUGUCAACAGACAAAUUGAUGAAACACUCAUUUCAGAGGGUGGAUUAGAGUGAUAAUAUAUUCUACAUUUCAUUCUAGAAUACCGUCAUGAUGGAAGUGAUUUCCCUUUUUUAUACAAAGUAUGUUUUGAUAGGGUUUGUCGGAACUUUACACUUUUUAACACUAAUAUUUCUACUGUAUUUGACUGAUUGAAGAAAAGGGUCUACAUUACUGCAGAAUGGUAUCCGCGUUUUAUUUGAUUUAGAAGAAAAAUUCCAAAUAUUGCCUAAUCAUCAUGCAAGUACCAAAGAAAAGUUGUGAUUCAAUGUUCACAGUCUACGCAAUUGCUCACGAUAUGUUCUAAUUCUUUUGGAAUUGUAAAGACUUCGUUCCCCCUACCCUCUCCUUCAUCAAAUGGCUAGAAUUUUUUUUAUUUAUUUAUUAUUGUAAUUCAGUUUAGUUUAGUUGUUAGGUUCCAUGUAUAUACAUUUUAAAUGACACUCCAUAAGCAGUUUGAAGUAUAAGUUCAGCUCAUAAGGAACCUUUAUAAAGUGUUUAGGAUGUUUUAAAUUUUUUGUUAUAUGAAGUUUAAGGACUUCUAAUUAUUAUUUUUUUAAUAUUAUGUUAAAAAAGCUUUGAAUAUUUUAUUAGUGUUUUUUUUUUACCUGUAGUUGUCCUAGCUACAUUUAUGUGAAAUCAUUUUCAUGUAAGCGCAAUUACUAGACCAAGUAUAAACCAUUCAUGAGUAGAUUUAUUUGGCGAGUUUAAAACCAUAAACAUUUGAGUUUUUCAAUCCAUUAUGAACUAGUGAAAUAUCACAUUUUACCAAAAUCAAUGGGGAAUUUUGAAAAAUUGUCUUAUUUUACAGAAUUCUUCCUGUAAUUUAUCCUUGAAACAAUUCUUGAAGCUGUGAUACCACAAUGAAGUUUGAGGGUAGAUAUAAGAUUGAACUCUAGAAUUUUUUUUAUAUGAGAUAUUUUGACAUUAAUGAUUGAAUAUAAAAAAGAAUUCAGUGCUGUUGAUUGAUCCCCCCCCCCAAAAAAAAAUAAUUGUGGAAAUGUUGUAUGCCUAUGCAUUUAGCAUUUCCAGAUUUAUUCAUUGAAUUCUUAAACAAUUUAGGAGUAUUUUAAGAUUCUGUUUUAUAAUUUUUCUAUGCAUGCAAACAAUUCAGGUCACAAGUUUGUAGCAUGAAGAGAUUCACACUUGACUCAGAGGUUGUUCGUGACAUGAAAAUGAGGCCUGAUCCUAGUGCAAGUUCAUUUUGAUUAGAUCACUGGGAAAAAUAAGACCAUGUACAUGUAUUUAAAGCAGAAAAAGCCUUACUCUGUCACACAUGACACAAAGCUUGCUUAUGCCUUGUGGAUGAAUUGAUUCUUUUCCAAAGUAAUUUGGACAAUGUCAAGGUCUAUGGAGAAAAAGUAUGCCAUUUUUGUCCAGGCCAUAUCUUUACAACAAAAAAAGAUAAAGUGUUCACACUUUACUCAAUGGCUACUAAUAACACAAGAUUGUUCUAAUUCUGGUCCAAGGUCAAGAAAAGAUAGAACAUUCUCGCCUAUUCAAUAUUUUUAGAGGAGAAACUAAUACACAUUUUCACUGCAAAUAAAGGUUGCAUGUGAUCACCUGAUCUUAUACCAAGGUUAUCUUGACAAUUUCAAGGUCACUUGUAAUUCAUGCUAAAGCUCUGUAUCUUUGCAGUGUUAGAAUUAUUGUAUCUAGAGCUCAUUAAGACCUUAAACUGGUUGCUGUAGCCUAGUGGUUGGUGUGCAACCAAAAGGCAGGCGUUUGAUUCUCAAUCCUGAUGCUGCAUCAAACUUAAAACGUUCAAAAUAGGUAGUGAAUGUUUCUUCGUCAAGUUGCCAGCAUUAGAAGUAAAGGCCACGCCAUUGGGUCUUUGGCUAUGGCAUAUUAAAACAGAGGUCAAAGUAAGCAUUGGCACCAUAAAGAACCCUCACUGAUAGUACACCAGCCUUUAGUUCAAAUUUUGUGGCACUCCAUCUAAAUAAUGAUGAUGUCUCAAUAGUCAAUAUUAAUGAAAAAUUUGUGAAGGGGACACAAAACAACAUUCAAACAAUUGGUUUGACCCUGGGGUGUGACAUGACUCUAAUGCUAGAUCAUUUGUCAAAGUCAUAAGAAUUUUAAUUUGCUUCUGUCAGUAACAUUGCAGUGCUUGUAAUUUAGAAGUUCAAAGAAAUUCGGUAGUAAAAUGUACAGUAUUUUAGUUUUGAAUAUUUGUACUUAAAUUGUCCUGUGUCAGUUUUCAUUUUACUUAUGAUUAAUAUAAAGAAUUUGUAUCUUAUAAUUUACAAAUAUGUUGUGAAAGGAACAAAUGUACAUUUAAUUUGUUAACUACCCCCCCCCCCUUUUUUUUUUAAGGAGAGGUUUUGGUUACUGGAUGGUUUUUUAUUGAAUCCUAGUUAAUAUUUUUCAUAAAGUUGAUGACCUAAAAUCCUGAUUUUUUAUUGGCAGGAGGUAUUUUAAUUUUUAUUUUUUUUUUUACAUCUCUAGAUAUCAAAUGUUAAUUAAAUUAUAUAAAUGAGCAUAAAGAAAACACAAGUUAUUAUAAACCAAACAAUAUGGUCCUCGUAGACCCAAUUUUGUGUUUUACAUGGGUUUUUUCUUUUUCUUUCUGUUUUGUCCAUACUUGUAUCAUGUUUUAGAGAUUUUAUACAUUUUAUAACUCACUGACAUACCAGUAUUAACUGUGUAUUAUACACGUGCUAGAUGUAUGUACUUUGAUAUUUAAUUUAUUAUUGCUUGUUUAUAAUGUUUAAUAAAUACUGUAGAUAAACAUCA